UUCAGUUGACAAAUCAGACACCUUUUGCUGUUAAAAACUUCUGCCAAAAACGUUGAAUAAAUGUGUUAAACGAUGACACGGACUUGCAGAAUAUGUGGCGGCGACGACGGUCGCUACUGGAUUGAGACGCCCGUGGAGAAGUACGCGGAGAAGACCUUCGGCCAGCUGCUGCUCGAGCUAACGAGCAUCGAGGUGGCCACGGCACAGGCGGAGAAGUUCCCACAGUGGCUGUGCAAUGAGUGCGCCGACAAGCUGGAGAGCGCCUACGACUUUGUUCUGAAGGCGCGCCAGACGCAUGAGCUGUGGCUACAGAAACUAGGCGACUCUGUGGACGGCGACGAUGAAAUGGAGGGCACCAAGGCCUUGGAGUGCCUCCGCGAGACACCCAUACACCUGUUCGACAUAGAGGGCGUGACCAUCAAGACCGAGGAACUGGAUGCCACGCAUCAAGUGGCCAAGGCUGAUCCUCUCGUGCGCACGCGCUUUGUCAAGCGGAGCAUCGUACACUUCAGCGAUUCGGAUGACGACCAGGACGAUGUGCCCCUGCGCCAGCGGAAGAUUUCCUCCUCGCUCUGCGCCUCUGAGCCGGCCAAGCAGAAUGUCUGCGAGCUGUGCAACAAGGCCUUCAGAUAUGUCACCAAUCUGUAUCGCCACAAGCAGAGGGACCACGGUAUUCUCGGCAAGAAUGGAGAAGACUACGAAGAAGACUACUACAAAUGCGACCAGUGCGAGAAGACAUACAAGUACGUAAUGGCGCUGGUAAAGCACAAGCACAGCGAGCAUGGAGCCAGUCUCCUGCCCUCCAAGACUUCCAGGCGAAAGCUACCCGGAAGGCCAUCGACAUUGCCCGAAGAUGCCAGUCCAUCUAGUCCAGCUUCCACCUCUGGCACCUCCACACAUCGCAGCAGGACCAACAACGACACCCUAGUGCACAGCAUAAUCAAAGCAGUGGAACUGUCGGACGAGGAUGGCAACAGCAGCGUGGACAACUACUACAAGUGCGAUCAGUGUAGCAAAUCCUACAAGUACAUAGUCAGCUUAAUUAAGCACAAACACAAGGAGCACUCUGACAAGCAGUCUGACAAGCAAUCGGAUUCAGAGGACGAUAAACCUCUGGCCUCCACAUCAGCCUCGGCAAUUGCAACACCUCCUAAGCCAUCGAGGAUCAACCGAAGAGUUGAUGGCUUCGACUACCACCGCUGCGAGCCGAAUGGCGCCAAGGAAAUAAAAUGCAUGAUCUGUUUGCGCCGGUUCACCAAACUGCGUGAGCUUAGGGAUCACCUGCAGGCACAUCCCACUGAUUUCAGCUUCGAUGCGCAUGGUGAGCCCAUUGAGCGCAUUGCCGAAGGAUUUUUCAAGACAGCCGUGGAGUCUACUGCGGAGGGCUUGAAGCGGCGCAUCCUUAGGGAUCUAAGGAUGGGCGUCUAUGGGCGCUACUACUCCAUCACAAAUCAAGCCCGAUACGAGAUGACACUGGACAGCUCGGAUACGGACAGUGAUGGCGAUGGCGAGUCGGAUGUUGUUAUCCGACGAAGCUACUCCUGCGAGCUGUGCGACUCUCCAGAGGCAAGGUGGCCGCGCAAGUACCUCUUGCACCAGCACCACCGCAAUGAGCACACCUGGCUGGACGCGCCACAUGUCUGCCAGCGCUGCGAUUCGCGGUUUCUCAGUGCUCAGCUGCUGGAGCAUCACACCAGCCAGCUAUGCCAGAAUACCCUGAAGCGCUUCAUGUGCGACAAGUGCCCCCAGCGAUUCUUUUGGCGCCGGAAUCUCCGCGCCCAUCUCGUCGAGCACAAGAGCAAGCAAGAGACCUAUCCAUGCGACCAAUGCUCCCGGAGCUUCCAGGACAAGAGCGCCGUAACUAAGCACAAGCUGAUGAUGCACCGGGACAGCAGCAUGCAGCUCAUGCCUUGUCGCUGGUGCACUCGCACCUUCUACCGCCCUGCCCUGCUGUACAAGCACUUGCAGAGGCACGGGUUCACUGGUCAGGAUCUGCCUCUGGCUGAAACCCUGCUGGCGGAUGCCUCAAAACCGGCCGGGCCGAAGAGCAUCCAAUGCAAAAUGUGUGACAUCCAGUUCAUCAGCGUGGCGGACUUGCGAAGGCACAUAUCCAUGCAGGGCCACACUGAUCAGCCAUCGGCCUACAUGAUCAGCACUGCAACUGGUUUUGAGCUCCUGCUGGAGGAUACGGAUGACAGUGAUGAGGAGAGCACGGGCAGAUCGUACACUUGUGACCUUUGUGAUCUGAAUUUCCGACGGCGAAGAGAAAUGAGUGAGCACCAGUAUUCGCUGCACAGCUUCGACAAACUGCCACAUUCCUGCGAGCACUGCAUUUUUAAGACUGUCGAUAAGCAUAUGCUGGAUCAACACCUUCGCACUCAGUGUAUGAAUACGGAAAAGAAGUUCGUCUGCCCGCGCUGUGGCUACAAGUUCAUGUGGGAGGAGAACCUGACCCAGCACUUGGCCACCCAGCAUCCCAAGCAACCCACCGUUCCAGAGCAGCAGCCAUCGCUUAGGCGAAAGCGGCGCUUCCGCUACCAGUGUCCCCAUUGCUGGCGCUCCUUUGUCGUGCAGCCCAGCCUGGAGAAGCACAUCCGGGACAUGCAUGUGGCCAAGAAGAAUCCGGGCAAGAAGUAUCUCUGCUCGCUGUGCGGCCUGGAGUCGCUGACGCCCAACAAGCUAAAUAUCCAUAUGCGGCGCCACAUGGGCGAAAAGCCCUUUAAGUGCGAUCUCUGCGACAUGCGCUUUACGGUCCACUACGAGCUGAAGGUUCACCGCCGGAAGCACACCGGCGAAAGACCCUACCAAUGCACCUUCUGCGCCAAGGACUUUGCACGACCCGACAAACUGCGGAGGCACGUCUUCAUACACAAUGUCAAGUCAUAGAGUAAUUAUUUUAAGGCUAUUUGAAAAUUGAUUCAAUAAAGCUAAGAUUAGAAUAAUUCCGUAGGUUCUAUUAAUUAAUGAAAGCAUAAAAAUAUUAAAGAAUCAUCCAGCUUUGGUGAUGUAUAAUUGAAAUGCAAUUC